AAAUAUUCGAGCCAUCGCCAGAUUCCCCUCAAACUGUCUCAAACGAUCUUAAUCGGCGCAACGAAGUGACUCUGACAGACUGUUGAUCCGAGAUCGCUAUCGAAGGGGACCUCGAAGCGAUCCACGCGGUGCGUUCACCUUCCAACACGGUGCAUAUAUAAAGACAGGAUUCACUUUCACUCUCGUUUUAGUCGGCGAUAUUCGCCAACGCGUAGUUUGAAGUUGGCCAACGAGAACGAUGGCCACGUUCUUUCUCCUCUGUUGCGUCACUGUGACUAUAGUGGCCGCCGAAGACGAUGGAUGGGUGUGGAGGGACGGUGACGAGCAGAAGAGUAACAUCGACAGGACAAGGUACCAGGUGAACGAGAACCUUGAGGAUCUCGGCCAGGACAGACCUUUCAUAGGAUUUGGACCACAAAACACCGGACCUUACGGUCCUAACGGUAGACCCAUUGUAUCGCCAUCGUAUCCCGGCAACAAAGAAGUUCUUGUCGGCCCGGGUGGACCAACGGGCAUUAUAAAGAGACCUGCUUACGCCGGAAGUGUCGACGGUGGUGACUUGGGAACCGGUUUCGUGCCACCUUGGGUCAAGGACGAUCCUCGAUAUCGGGAAUACGACACCUGCAGAUGUAGAUACAGCUUCAAUUGCCCCUCCAGCGGAUUGAAAUUCGGGAGCUGCUCCAAAGAUAAGAAGUACUGUUGCUUUAACAGCAGGAGGUAUCCAGCGUUGGUUCCCGGGCAAGCACACUAUCCUUCGUAUCCGGUACCAUUUUCUGCCAAUAGUGCCCCGAACAAGUACGGGCCGGCGGCUUUCGUGCAAUCGGCCAACUAUUAUGGUAAUCGAAGGCCGCAGGGGAGCACCACCGGCGCUAACAGAUAUCCUGGAAAUUACCAUCUCCCGGUGGAGAAUCCGAUUCCCUAUCCGCGACCACCUGGCAGCAACCCUUACCACCUGGAUUACGACUACAACGAAUCUGACUUCUACGCUCGGUCCGCGAGGAAAAACCAGACGGUGAACGACAGCACGGAUGAAAAACCUUAAGCCUCAUUUACACCAGACUUUCAAUCCUGAUUAAUCUUCCAACAGGCAGGCAGUCUUUCGCCUUAUAAAUUGUUAAUAAGAAUCGAUCUAUCUAGAACGAGGGAAUCGUACGGUUUUCCAGAGAGAGCCGGCAAUGUACAGGGUGAUUCACGUAUGAAAUAACUUUUAAAUUGCUUGACACGAAAGUUGCAUGGCUUAUCGAUUCUUUUGUUUUUGAGUUUUGAAAUUUU